AUGCGCGGAAGGAGUUUUCUAGCGAUAUUAUUCAUAUUAUUGGCUUAUUUGGGAUUCGACACGAUCGACGCGAAAUUUCUCAACGGCGAUUGUUUCGAGAACAAGCUAUGCGGUGAGCAUGGAUUCUGCGAGUAUCGCAAUCCGAAGAAUGGCGACGAAUUUUGGUGCAGAUGCGAAGAAGGCUACGGUGGUGAUCAUUGCGAGAAGAAGUGCGAUUUGAGUUGCGAGCCGCACCACAAGUGCAUUUUCGACAUUGCUCAACGACCGACGUGCGUCUGCAAAGAUUGCGACAAAUAUGGAAAUCGAACUGCUCAUUGUCCAACGGGAUUCGGAGGAGCGGAUUGUUCGAUUCAAGGAUGGUGCUAUCCGGACGAAUGCCUCCAUGGUGGCAAGUGCGUCGGAAGCGGCGAUUCGGCGCACUGCGUGUGUCGUCGUGAAUACACCGGCCAACGAUGUGAGCUCGAUUUCGACGAAUGUUCGGUGCCCGAUUUUUGCAACAAUGGCAAAUGCUUCAACUUGUAUGGAUCGUAUCAAUGCGAAUGCGAGAAGGGCUUCACGAAUCCGAAGUGCGCCGUUCUUGAGGAUGCCGAAAGCGAAUCGCAAUAUGUUACUGAAAAUAAUCCGUGUGUUGUCGCAUUUUUUCCGGAAUUGCCCGAUGGCUACGGAUAUGAGUGCGAGAAUCAGGGAGUGUGUGUCACCUACGCGCCGAACAAGACGCGAUGCGAGUGCGCACCGGGAUUCGAAGGUGAGAUUUGCGAGAAGGACAUUGAUGAAUGCGCGUACAAUCCGUGCGAGAACGGCGCGACUUGCGUCAACUCGCACGGCGAUUUCGAGUGCUUCUGCCGAAGCGGCUACGACGGCAAAUUUUGCGAGAACAACAUCGACGAUUGCGUCGGCCAUAAAUGUGCGCCGGGCUCGAAAUGCGUCGACGGACCAUCGACGUACACGUGCGAAUGCGAGCACGGCAAAAUGGGCGCGUAUUGCGACAAAGUCAAUCCGUGCAUCGCCGAUCCCUCGUUGUGCCAUGAUCGAGGAAUCUGCACCGGAAUGCCGGAGACUGGCGAUUUUGUGUGCACGUGCGAUCGCGGAUUCGAGGGCGAACGAUGCGAAAUUGAUCUGGAUGAAUGCAAAAUGUAUGGUGAAGUAUGCUAUCACGGUGGAAAAUGUGUCGACAUGCCGGGAAAUUUUAAAUGCGAAUGCCCGCGCGGAUUCAAUGGAACACAAUGCGAGCAGAUUGUGCAUGUUUGCGAGGACGAGGAGUUUGAAUGUCAGAAUGGCGGCACAUGUUUCGCUGGACCGUUCCGAGAGCCGCUGUGUCAAUGCGAACAAGGUUACAUUGGGAAGCAUUGCGAGACGAAAUGCCCGGAAGGCUACGGUGGCCUUCGCUGCAAUAUCCAUCUCGAAGACAAAGUAUGCGGUCCGAAUCUUGCCAAGUGUCUGAACGGCGGCGUGUGCGCCGGCGGCUUCUGCAUUUGCCAUGCGAACUACACCGGCGAUCGAUGUGAACUUUCGAGAAUCCAACUUCAUCGGGAGACCGACAUCUGCGCGACCGAGCCGUGCUUGAACAAUGCGACUUGUGUCAAUUUGGAUCAUAGCAUUGGAUAUGUGUGCAUGUGCAAAGACGGAUACGAGGGAAAUAUUUGCGAGAAGAAAAUUGACGUGUGCACAACGAAGCCGUGCUACAACGGCGGCAAAUGUCAGAAGACGUCGUUGACGGCGCGCGGCUACACGUGCAAAUGUCCGCCGGGAUACGUGGGCGCGAAUUGUGAGACAAUCGCAAGAAUCGACUGCGCUUCAAGGAAUUGCAAUAAAGGCGUUUGUGUGGACGAUGGAGUGUCGACGAAAUGCGAAUGCCCUUAUGGAUAUGCCGGUGUGAAUUGUGAGCAAAAACUCAAUGUUGAGCAUUAUAAUUCCAUGGAUAGACUUCUUCGAGAAAUGUGCGCGAACCGAAAUUGCUCAUCUCGAGCAAAUGACGGCAAUUGCGAUGAGGAUUGCAAUUUUGCUGCGUGCGAUUUCGAUGGCGGCGAUUGUAGCGGAAAACAGAAGCCGUUCGCGAAGUGCCGCUAUGGAAACAUGUGCGCCGCGUUGUUCGCGAAUGGUAUCUGCGAUGCUGUCUGCAACAAUGAGGAUUGCCUCUACGACGGAAUGGACUGCAUGCCGGUGGUGCCGAGAUGUCCGGUCGCAAUUCGUGAGAGUUGCGCGGAGCGAUUCGCCAACGGAAAAUGCGAUUUGGAGUGCAACACUGAAGGUUGUGGAUAUGAUGGAGGCGAUUGUGAUUCGAAAACCGCCACCAAACUGCUUUCCGAUAUUCGUGUGAAGAUUCGAAUGUCGCCGAGCGAGUUUCAAAAGAAUGGCGGCGAAUUUCUCAUGAAAGCCAGCGCCGCACUACGAUCGGUCAUCCGAAUUCAACGAGACAAAGAAGGACCGUUGGUGUUCGAAUGGGAUGAGGAGUUGGGCGAUGUUGAAGGAGGUCGAAUCCAGAUGAACGUCGAGACGUUGAAAAAUCAGAAUGUGCUGAGCAAAGUGAUCAAGAGGAGAAGUCGCAGAAGCGCGAAGAAGGGUGUGAUGGUAUGGCUGGAAGUUGAGGUCAGCGAUGAAUCGGCUGGCGAGCAAUGCAAGACGACAUCGGAAAGAGCGUCGUGUUUGUUCUCGAACUCGCAAAGUGUUGUCGACUACCUUUCCGCGCAAAUCACAAAGAAGGUUGAUGUUCUCGGCGUUCCGAUCUAUGAAGCGAUGGUGGCUAAGCCGUCGCGAAGCGGUGGCACCACGAACAUCGUCAACUCGUUGAUCAUGACAAUCAUUGGUUUCGUUGUCUUUGCUGUUAUCAUUGCUGGCGUCAUAACAAUCCGCGACGAGAAUCGCAGCAGAAAGCGUCGAAUCAUUUCGGCGCCGGUUUGGAUGCCGCCGACGGAACAAGAAAGUGAGAAAAUACGAAAGAAUCCGCUCUCGUUGAGCCAGAAUUCGCUUCUCGGUUCGGCGCACUUGGAUCCGAAGAGAAGACGAGUCGAUAGUAUGGGAUAUAGUGUGAUCAAUGGGCAGGCGUUCAAUUCGAACACGACGCCAUAUCGUCAGAAUACCUAUGUUCCGAAUUUUGACGCCGAAUAUGGUGGCUAUGGAAAUUCUGAUAACAGCAUAGUUCAAACGGAAGUCAAUCCGAACCCGCCCCUUCUUCUGCUUGAAGCCGCUGGUUCCGGCGCAAUUCAAACCGUGCUGACGCCGGAGAACGUCAACGAGCCGGAUGCGAAAUACCGUCGGUGUUGUCUCCAUUGGCUCGCCGCCAACAAUUCGGGAAAAGCCGAGGAAUUGAUUGUCGAUGAAUCGGAGCAAUGCAUUCGAAUGGGCGCCGAUGUGAACGCGCGCGAUUGCGACGAGAACACGCCGCUAAUGUUGGCGGUGCGUUCAAAGCGCACUCGUCUCGCGUUGGUGCUGAUGCACGCCGGCGCCGAUCCGACAAUAUUCAAUUCGAGCGAGCGAAGCGCUUUGCAUGAAGCCGCUGUGAACUUGGACUAUCGAAUGAUGCAAUUGUUGUUGACCGAUCGGCGGCUUGUUCUAGAGAUUGACGAGCUUGAUAGGAAUGGGAAAAGUGCACUGAUGGAAGUCGCCGGAUCGGACCAUGAUACUCAAAUCGCCAAAUUCCUCAUCAGUUGUGGAGCGAAAAUUGAGAAUGAUGGUGCUUCGCGGAAGGACUCGGAAGUGUAUCGCGGACGAACCGCUCUUCAUUAUGCCGCUCUUCACGGCAACAUCAAGAUGGUCGAGUUCCUCGUGUCGCAGAAUGCCAAUAAGGAUAAGCAGGAUGAAGCCGGACAGACGCCGUUGAUGCUCGCCGCCAAGGAGGGACAUGCGCACGUUGUGCAAUUUCUGGUUUCCCAAAAUGCCAGUUUGGACACAACUGAUCAAUUGGACAAAACUGCGCGCCAACUGGCUGAAGCUCAACACCACUAUCCUGUGGUGGAGAUCAUCGACCACGCGACGAUUGAGAAGGAAAUGGCGGAUGCGAGUCGCUAUCAUCUUCAAAUGAGCGGCAAACCCGUCAAAGGUCGGCCGACAAUCAAGGCGGUGAAGAGGAGCGCGUCGCGCAAGGGCUAUCAGACGUCGUCGUCGUCGUCGCGUGACUCGACGCUCCACAUGACGCCGCCGCCUUCCGAUGGAUCCAUCUCAACGCCGUCGCCUCAAAAUUUUCUCACGCGGACAACGCCGACGGCGUUGCAAUAUCCGACGUCGCCGACAUCGCAAUUCGCCAACACCUCUGGCGGCUACAACAAUCCGCAAUCGAAUGGAUCGACGGCGUCGAAUAUGAUCAAAACGGAUUCGAGUCCGGAAUAUCAUCCGCAAGAUAUGGAUAUGCCAGCCGGAAUGUGGUACGGCAACUCACCGCCAUAUCAGAAGAUGCCAGGAUUCAGCUCGCUGUAUGAUCAGAGCUACACACAGCAAAUGCAGUCGAAUAUGCCAUAUUUCUGA